AUGGGCUCCAUCGUCAGCGGCACCGUCACCAACAGCUCUGCAACCUUCGGGGUCUACGUGAACUUUGGUUGCGAGAAGGACGGCAAGCUGAGCGUGCCGCUGGCAGAUUGGAAGAAGUACCGUGUCGGCGACCGGGUGGAGAGGAUGGUCGUGAACAAGGUCAAUGUGGAGCGGAAGUUUGUGGACCUGCUGGUGGUGGGGUCCAAGGGCCAGUCUGUGGGACUGGAGGCUUCGAAGCAGGCCGGGGUUUUUGUGUGGUCGUUUGGUUGUUCCUUUGUUUUUCCUUUUUGUUUGUUCUUUCUUUUGUUUCUCCUUUUUUUUCUCUUUGUUUUUUUUCUUUUGUUUCCGAUUCCCUCUGUUCUUGUUUUCUUUUUCUUCUCUUUUUUAUCUUUUUUUUAUUCCUUUGUUUUUCUCUUUUGUUUUCUUGUUUUUUUUUGUCCUUCUUUCUUUUUUGUCGUUUUUUUGUUGUCCUUUUUUUAUUAA